AUGAUCACCGUUGACAAGAAUCCAGUAAGAGGAGAUUUCACCACCAUUCAACAAGCUAUUGAUUCUCUCACUUUUUUGAAUCUUAUUAGAGUUGUUAUCAAAGUUCAUGUACGAGUUUACAAGCAUCUGAAUCUACAGUUUGCUCAAGAAGAUGGCUGGCUUUCUUCAUUCUAUUCAUGUCUGAUAAAAAAAUACGAUAAAGCAAGUAUUAAAUGCUUUGAAUUGACUUCAGUAUUACUUGAAAAUGAUCCAUUCCAUCUUAAAAGCACAAUGGUUCAUAUAGCAUCAGCUAUGGAGCUUGGACAUUCAAAUGAACUUUAUCUCAUGGCUUGCAAGUUAGUCAAGGACUACCCUCAAAAGGCGAUAUCAUGGUUUGCUGUUGGCUGCUGCUCUUAUUGUAUCAAUAAGUAUGACCAGUCACGCCGUUAUUUCAGCAAGGCAACUAGCUUAGGAAGGAACUUUUGCCCCUGGUUGGAUAGGAUAUGAGAAUGCUUAUGUAGGCAAAGAAGAAGGUGAUCAAGCUAUGUCUGGUUAUCGAACUGCUGCAUUUUUAUUUCCUGGGUGUUGACUUACCUACUUUAUAUAUUGGAAUGGAGUACAUGCGUACCUAGGGAUGAGCUUUAGAACCGGACCGUUUUUUAUGCAAGCAAAGGCAAUAUGUCCUUUGGAUCCACUUGUGUAUAAUAAGCUUGGAGUUGUUGCUUAUCAUAUAAAAGAGUAUAAAAAGGCGGAAUGGUGUUUUAAAAAGACUUUGGCUCACAUACCAUCACCAUUAAGUGAAAUGUGGGAAUCAACUGUGGUUAAUCUUGCUCAUACUUUAAGAAAACUCAAGUAAGUUCACAUUUCAUAUAUUUUCAUAAUCUUUACAAUUU